AACUGAUUGAAUGAAGAAGUAGACGCCAAAGCCAUCUCUUGGCUCCAUUUUGUGCCAAUAAAAAAAAAUUAACUUCAAACACAUAUAACUAGUUAAGUAGUGAGCAUUCGGUUAAUUAUUCUUUUAUUAGUAAUCAUUUAAAAAUAAAUUAUUGCUAUGUUUACGCGUAGUAAAAAAGAGAAAUGGUGAAUGUUCAAUGGAAUGUAAAUUUAAUAAGUAAACAAUUAGAUCAAAUUAAAACAUGGCUGUGGUGGUAUGUAGCGGAGUUAUCUUGGCAGCUAAUUGUCGCACCCAUUGCAUACUUACUUCUUUGCAUCUUUCUCUACCUUAUACUUAAAAGAGUUGAUCAUAAGGCUUGGCAAUUACCAGGACCACCAUCAAGACUACUUCUUGUUACGGCUCAUCCUGAUGAUGAAGUCAUGUUUUUUGGUCCAAUGAUUUAUUGGUUAACCAAGUCUAAUAAUAGCAGCAUUUAUUUGUUAUGUUUUUCUACUGGUGGACAUAAGAAAAGGAAACGAGAACUAUGGGCUGCAGCAAAAAUCAUAGGAAUACCAGAAGCCAACAUAACAAUUCUAAUGAACUCAGAGCUACCUGAUGACCCUAAAGUACAAUGGCCCAGCGAAAUAAUCGCUGAUCAAAUUCUUCAUUAUAUAGAAGCAUUUAAAAUAAAUGCAGUUGUUACCUUUGAUAAACAUGGUGUUAGCCAUCACAGUAAUCAUAUAUCACUAUAUUAUGGUGUUGCUGCUUUAUGUGUAGAGAAAAAAAUACCUUCAUAUUGUAAACUGUACAGUCUUGAAUCAGUAAAUAUUUUAAGAAAAUAUAGCCAACUAUUAGAUUUACCAAUUAGCUUAUUAACAUCAUCUUAUUGGUAUUUAGUCACUUAUGAGCAACGUGAAAUUAUACGUAGUGCAAUGAAGGCGCAUAAAUCUCAAUAUGUAUGGUUUCGAAAGCUAUAUAUGAUAUUUUCUAGAUAUACAUUUAUUAAUACACUUCAAGAAAUAAACAUAUUAGAUUUAGAAUUAGAUCUACAAUAUGAUGACGACUGAUAUGUAGUGUAAUAAUACAUUUCAAAUGUCAAAAUUAAAAGUUAUUUUUCAAUUUUACAUACAGAUUAUUAAAUUGUUAGUUAUAAAACAUUUUUUAUAACAAACAUUUCAUGAAUUAAACACUUUGAACACAAUUUGUUUAUAGAGAUAGAUGAAAUUU